CAGAACUCAAACAGAACCCUCAGAACCAUAAAUGAUUGCAGGAAGUGAAACCUAACCUUAAGAAAAAUAGAGCGACAAAUUAGAGAGAAAUAAAAAGAAAAGGAGGAGACUGAAGAGAGAGAGAGAGAUGAUGUGAGCGCGUGCAGCUGCGAUGACGAGAGCAGGAGAAGCAGAGAGACGGAGGGAAAACGGAUGAGUUUGUGUACAGGAGAGAGAGAGACAGAGAGAGAGAGAGAUGAAUCAGACCCUAACUUCCGGUGGAUGUGCAGCUCAGUCGCGCGGUGCAGCGUCUCUGACUCGGACGUUAAUCGGCGCGCGCUGAUACAGGAGCCGGUAGUGAGCUCUGGGGGCGCGCGCUGAUACAGGAGCCGGUAGGGAGCUCUGGGGGCGCGCGCUGAUGUUGGACCGCACGGAGGCGUUUUUUCCCCGCGCGCUGCAGGAGGAUGUGAGCUUUAGGAGCAGGUUGAUGUGUUGAAGCCGGUGGUGAGAUUUCACUGUGAUCUACACACACACACACACACACCCCGGUUUAGAUCGGUGUCUGGAGCAGCCUGGGACACUUCCCUUAUAAUCAGGAUCUGUGUGUGUGUGUGUGCGUGUGUGUGUGUGCGCGCGCGCGCGCGCACGUGAAGGAGGACUUUCCAGCACGAGACUCCGGAGAUGCUCCGCAUGUGUGUGUGAGAUUCCGGCACAUGGAGCUCUGGAGAGCGGAACAUCCUCCGACUGUCAGCGGCUUUUUCGGCUCAGACUGCAGAGGGACGUCCAGCUGCAGCGCCGCACACCGAGCCCCUGCUGCACAAAGCCUCCGCUCGGACCACAAGCCCCAGGAUGGGCACAGAGCGCGAGCCAGUGCGGGGAAAAGUGCGGCUUUCAACCCAGAAGAACGGAGAAAGUGCGGGAAGGAUUCACGGAUAACGGAGUGCUUUUCAGAGAGAGAGAAAAAACUUUAAAAGAGAGAAAAGAGGCUGGUGAGGGAACGACUGUUUACAGCUGCUAUAACUGAGUUAAAGCGGCGAUGGGGAUCGAGGAGCUGAGUGUGAGGAACGGCCGCGCGGUGUCUGACCGGUGGGCCGACAGCGUGGUGGUGCGACCCCGGACCCCCGAGCGCCACGUCGCCGUGCACAAGAGGCUGGUGCUGGCCUUCGCCGUCUCCAUCCUCACGCUCGUGGUGGUGACGGCCGUCGCCGUGACGCUGGCCGUCAGCUUUGAGAAAUGCGGCAGCAGCGGCGAGAACGUGGUUCCGCCCGGUACCGGCUCCAAUCGGUCGCGAGACAGAAGUGGCGAACAGAAAGGCGGAGACGUGCAGCCGUGGCGGCGUUUACGCUUACCGACAGCACUGCGGCCGCGCCACUACGACCUCCAGCUCUCCGUCUACAUGCACAACUUCACCUUCUCCGGGGAGGUGAGCAUCGAGCUGGAGUGUGUGAACGCCACCAAGUUCAUCGUGCUGCACGCCGACAGGCUGCACGUGGAGAAGGUGGCCGUGUACUCGGACAGUAAGAAACCCGGCGCCAUGAGGAUCCACCGGCACUUCCGCUACCCGCACAACCAGGUGCACGUCAUCGCUCUGCACCGGGAAAUGAAGCCGCUCAGAACGUACACGAUCAACAUGAGCUUCCAGGCUCAGAUCCAGAACCAGCUGCUGGGGUUUUUCCACACCUCCUACGUGCUGCACGGAGAGAGAAGGUACGCGGCCGUGACUCAGUUCUCUCCGACUCAUGCGAGGAAAGCUUUCCCGUGUUUCGAUGAGCCCGUCUACAAAGCCACCUUCAGCGUGACAUUGAGACACGACGCCUCCUACCAGUCCGUCUCCAACAUGCCCAUCGAGUCGUCCAGUCUGGAAGAGGACGGUUGGCUCACCAAUCGAUUCUCCAGGACACCUCGCAUGUCCACUUAUUAUGUGUCCUGGGCCGUGUGUGACUUCAGCUCCCGUGAGACGAUGACACACAGUGGAGUGAUGAUACGGCUGUUUGCUCGGCCCGAUGCCAUUCAGAGCGGAUCGGGAGAUUACGCCCUGCACAUCACCAAGAGCCUCCUCAACUUCUAUCAGGAUUACUUCAGAGUCACAUACCCCCUGCCCAAACUAGAUCUCCUAGCUGUGCCGAAACACCCAUAUGCUGCGAUGGAGAACUGGGGUCUGAGUGUGUUUGUGGAGCAGAAAAUCCUGCUGGAUCCUGAAGUCUCAUCUUUCUCCUACCAGAUGGAUCUCACCAUGGUGGUGGUGCAUGAGAUCUGUCAUCAGUGGUUAGGAGACCUGGUCACUCCAGUGUGGUGGGAUGACGUGUGGAUUAAAGAGGGAUUUGCUCAUUACUUCGAGUACGUGGGGAGCGACUUCCUCUUCCCAAAAUGGAACAUGAAACAGAGGUUCCUGACUGACGUUCUUCAUGAAGUCAUGCUGCUGGACGGUAUGGCGACGUCUCAUCCCAUCUCAGAGGAGCUUUUCCAAGUCACUGACAUCCACCGAGUUUUCGACUGGAUCUCCUACAAAAAGGGAGCUGCACUGAUUCGCAUGUUGGCCAACGUCAUGGGACAAACUGCGUUUCAGAGAGGCAUCAAUGAUUAUUUAGUGACGCACGAGUACGGAAACACGGCAAGGGACGACUUGUGGAACUCAUUUUCACAGGCCCUGCAGAGGGAAGGGAAGGACAUCAGCAUAAAGGAGGUGAUGGACGGCUGGACUCUGCAGAUGGGCUACCCCGUGGUCACCAUCAGCAAGCACGAGAGCCUGGAGAACACUGUCACCAUCAGCCAGGAGCACUUCCUCUAUGACACGGACGCCAAGAUCCACCACCGUCAGCUUUUUAACAAAAGUUUGCAGUGGCAGAUCCCGCUGAACCUGGCAUUGGGAAAUUUCAGUCACAUGUCCUCUGAGUCUCUCAUCUGGAUCUCUAAUAAAACAGAGACGCACCGAGUGGGACGUAUAGGCGAGGAGACGUGGUUGCUAGGCAACAUCAAUCAGACGGGCUACUUCAGGGUGAACUACGACCUCCACAACUGGAGACUCCUGAUCCAGCAGCUGAUGCUCAACCCCACAAUCAUCUCUGUGGGGAAUCGUGCUGGUCUGGUGGACGACGUCUUCAGCCUGGCCAGAGCCGGCUAUCUCCCUCAGAACCUCCCACUGCAGAUCAUCUGUUAUCUGUCCAAGGAGGAUGACUUCCUGCCCUGGCAUGCUGCGAGCAGAGCGCUGUACCAGCUGGACAAACUGCUGGACCGUACUGAGGACUACAGCCUCUUUAGUAGUUAUGUGUUGAAGCAGGUGGAUAUGAAGUAUCAUAAGCUGGACUGGCCAAGGGUGAAAGCAGGCGACUCCUUCAAGCAGGCCACCUAUCAUACCAAUGAGCUCCAGAGGGAGGUGAUCAUGUUGGCCUGUAGUUUUGGGAAUAAACACUGUCACCGGCAGGCCAUGUCACUCGUCUCCGAGUGGAUCUCCAGCAACAAGAACAGGAUUCCCCCCAGCAUACGUGACGUGGUGUACUGCACGGGCGUGUCUCUGAUGGACGAGGACGUGUGGGAGUUCAUGUGGAUGAAGUUUCACUCCUCCACCGCCGUCUCGGAGAAGAAGGUCCUGCUGGAGGCCCUGACCUGCAGCGACAACACCUUCCUGCUCCACAGACUGCUGAACGCGUCUCUAAACUCGGACCUGGUGCCGGAUCAAGACGUGAUCGACGUCAUCAUCCACGUCGGCCGCAACCCACACGCACGCCAUCUAGCCUGGAGAUAUUUCAGGGAGAAGUGGGACGAGCUGAACUCCAGGUUCGGCGAGGCUUUAUUUCUAAACUCCAAAUUAAUCAGCGGAGUGACGGAGUUCCUCAACACACAGAGAGAACUCGAUGAGCUGAAGGACUUCAUCCAGACGAGCGCUGCUGGAGGUUCUGCGUCUGCGUUCUCCCGAGCGCUGGAGGUCGUCCAGGCCAACGUGAAAUGGCACGAGAUUUACAGAGAGAGCUUCUUCCAGUGGCUGAGGAAAUCCAGCGAUGGCUAAAGAUCCAGCUGCUGCUGAUGUGUUAGCGUGGAGCCUCCGUCACACGUUUAUAGCCCAUUAACCAGGAGACGAGAGAAGAGGACGAGAGCAGACGUCAUUUUACACCCUGAUCACCUGGAAACAUGGAGCCUUCUGUUUCCUCCCUGAACAGGAACCAGCAGGAUCAGGAGGAAGUGGACAUGAGUUGCAUGAUGCUUGUUAUCUCUACUCUCCUUCACCUGUUUUCUGUUUUCUGUUUUUGUUAAUGCAUGAAGGACACGAGUGAAGAUUCUUCCCCGUGCAGAAAGCAGCAGGAGGAGAGCAGGGCGUGGUCAUGUGGUCAUUGGUGUAUAAAGUGGUUGUGUUUUGUCACGCAUCGUGUCAUUAGUUCUUUCUCUCGCAGUGACACGGGAUAACUGUUGAGAGGAAAAUGUGUUUUAUGAACGCUCCUAUACCAGGGCUGGUUGUCAUGGAGAUGGCUCAGCAAAGAUUCAGAUAUUUGUUGCCUUCAAGUGGAUGGAGGAUGUGCACAAAAUUGCUGGCUAAAAAUAAAAAUGUGCUCAGAGCAACAUCGCUCCGAUUAAAUUCUUCUUAACACCCAGAAGUUGAUUGUUUUCCUACAACAGCACAUGUCCACGUGUGUUAUUCCUCUUAUACCACACCAGUCCGCCAUAUUUUAUUUAUUAAAGUUCGACACAUUAUACUUUUUAUCCAUUCAUUGUUACAUUUAACAUUCCAUUUAACAAGUUUGUUCCACUUCUCUCUUACGUUAUAGUAGCUAUAAACAUCCAUUCCCUCUUUUUUCUCUACACACCUUGACAUGUCACAGAGAAACCACAGAGUGUAAACUCCUCUGUCCUGACGAUGAUGGAAAAGUUAUAGCUUAACCUCUGACUGUUACCAGAGCGCUGACACUGGAGACUCCUUCCAUAAACGUUAAAUAUUUUACAGAAAAUGCCACCCUAUCAACGCUUACACAUGCUGUUACUAUAGAAAGGAUAACAUAUUCGAACAAGCGCAUUAAUAUAAACUGUCAGAGCUGCUCUUAUAGAAAACUAAUCAACGCCUUCUGACCAAUCAGAAUCCAGACUUCGGAGGGGAGUACUAAUUCUUUUUGCUCAGUGCUGGUCAGUGGUUCCAGUGAGACCUCGGCAUUCCAGCUGCUCUCUUAUACACUCUUAUAUCUCUUUUUUUUUAUAUUUUGUAAACACUUACUUGUCUUCUCUUUGCUUCUAGUAUGAACGCAUCCUUCCUUCCCUGCUGCUGUAAAACAGGAAGUAAUGUGACAGGUUGAAUCGGUCACAUGACUCGAGCCUUUCCUUUGUACUGUGUUGACGAAAUGAGAGAAAGUAGCUUCUGUGUUCUUGACUUGAGGAAAUAAACUCUUUUCUGUUGUACCACAGCUGCUUCCUGUGGAUUCUCUCGAGCUGUAACUUUAUCUGGUCUGUAUAAAACUUAUUCGUGUGAAAUAUAAAAAAAACUGUUCAUUGUUUUACAUUAAAUCCAGA